GUUCCAGUGUGUCGGAGUUACAGGUGCAGGCAUCAAUGGAGGAAGCCAAUGAGAAAUUGACUCUGGUGACAAGAAAAGCAUGUUUCGGACUACCCACUGCCUGCCCGAGCUGCUUGCCCGUUUAUAUUUACCUAAGGUUCUGCCAACGCCCCUUCGAUUUGGCCUUCAAUUCCCUUCACCCAGAUUCUGAUCAAAUACCUUAUGUUGAGUAUGGAACUUAUGUGGCCUACAAUAAUGAAAAGGGUGGUGUCAUUCAGAGUUUAAAGGAUGACGGUAUGAUCGAUGAUUUAGACUCUGCAGUACGCCACAUUCCAGAAUGGGCAUCAACGAUGGCUAUGGCGGAUUCAUGGCUUGCGGAUGCUCUUUUGUUUGAACUCUGGGUUGGAUCUGAUGUGAGUUCUGUGCAGAUUUAUUAUUCUGAUCUUCCUUGGCCAAUAGGAAAACUUCUAUACCUUAAGCAAGUUCACGCUACAAAACAACAUCUUGGGAUAACAUCUGAGAAUGCUGAUAAAAUAGAAGAAGAAAUUUACAGGAAAGCUUCCACUGCUUAUAGCGCUUUGUCAACAAUGUUAAGAGACCAAUCCUUUUUCAUUGAGAGGCCAACAAGUUUAGAUGCUGUUUUUCUUGGGCAUGCACUUAUUACACUAUAUGCCUUACCUGAUACUUCAGUGCUAAGAAGCAAGCUCUUGGAGUUUGACAAUCUUGUAAGAUACACAGAAAUUUUUAAAAUACAGUUCAUAGAUGCAAAUGAAUCUCCGUCUGUAUCUGUAUUGCAUACUGAUCCUUCUUCAUCAACUUCAAGACGUAGUUCAAAUUGGAGUUCAAAGCCCAAAACCAAGCCUCAAAAGAAAAGGACUGAAGAAGAGAAGAAGUUCCGACGGAGGGCAAAGUAUUUUCUAGUUACUCAGCUGGUUGCAGUUUUGGUAUUCCUUUCUCUCCUUGGAGGAUCUGAUGAUUCUGAGGCUCAACCAAAUGAUGAUGAUGGUGGCAUCUAUCAUGAUGAUUAAAAUUUUUAUAUUUGCUCAACUUGUCUGUGUUCCCAUCAUGGUUUCCUCCCAUAGAUUGAAUGGAGAUUCUUGGAGAACUGAUGUUUAUAGUUUUUGGUACAAAGUGUACUAGUCCACAGUUUAACAGCAUUAGUCCUUGACAAAUUGAAGUUUGUAGUAGUGUUUUUUCACUCAACCUCCAAAACAUGGAACAUUACAACUUCUGUUGUUAUUACAGUGGUUUCAAAAUGCACUUUUUUUUAACAUUUCCCUUUAGAAGAAAUUAUCUGGUACUUC